CCUCAUCGCCUUGCACCAAGGAUGGUGACGUCAUCACCAACUACAGGAAGGAUCCAUACAGAUCAUAUAGGAGAGGCACCACAAGACAUGACGUCGCCAAGGCUGAAUGUUCAAAUCAGGGUACCCACGAUAUUCGGACAUGCCCGGCAAACUGGAAACAAUAUGGACACAAGUGCUACAAGAAUAUCGACGCUAAACUCACCUGGUAUAGCCACCUCUUCCAUUGCAAGACGAAUUUCAGCUUCGACGCCAGCCUGUUGGUUAUCGAGUCGAAGGAAGAAGAUUAUUUCGUGUCCAGUACGUUUGAUAAUGUCAACCAUAACGACAUCUGGAUGGGAUGCGCUCGACAAAGGAAUAACGACACUUGGUUUUGUCCUGGAAACUAUGCCAGCUAUGGUGCGGAAAUAGUCGGC